UGUUGGAAAAACACUGAAAACUCUCUUAAUAGGCGUAAUAUCAGUAUAUGGCUAUAUAUGCCACCAAACUCCUAUCCUCUCACAUUCCCUGUGAUUCCAUAGCAUUCAUCUAGUGCUUGUUUAACAGGUAAAUGGAAGCAGUGAGAAAUCUACAGGUAAUCUUGAAGGAUUACGUUAAUGGCUUCCCCAAGGAAUCAUACAUGCUCCUUAAAACUUCCAUCAUCCCCCUCAAGCUCCCACAAGAUUCCAAUGGCGUCCUCGUAAAGAACCUUUAUCUCUCCUGCGAUCCAUACCUGUGUCUUCUGAUGAGCAAAGGUCAAGUCGGUUACCUUGAAUCCUUCACUCCUGGUUCGCCCAUAACAGGAUUUGGAGUCGCUAAAGUUGUGGAUUCUGGGCAUUCAAACUUCAAGAAAGGUGACCUCGUUUGGGGAUUGACUGGAUGGGAAGAAUACACCAUUAUCACUACUCCCCAGACCCUUUUCAAGAUUCAAGAUACAGAUGUCCCUCUUUCAUAUUAUACAGGAAUCCUUGGUAUGCCCGGUAUGACUGCUUAUUAUGGCUUCUACGAGAUUUGUGCUCCGAAGAAAGGAGAGUAUGUCUUUGUUUCAUCCGCUUCGGGGGCAGUCGGUCAGCUUGUCGGGCAGUUUGCGAAGCUGACCGGAUGUUAUGUUGUUGGGACUGCUGGAACCAACGAAAAGGUUGAGCUGCUGAAAAAUAAAUUUGGAUAUGAUGAAGCUUUUAACUACAAGGAAGAGCAAGAUCUUGAUGCAGCUCUCAAGAGGUACUUUCCGGAAGGAAUUGAUAUAUACUUCGAGAACGUUGGUGGGAAGAUGUUGGAGGCGGUGCUUUUAAAUAUGAGAGUAAAUGGACGGAUUUCGGCUUGUGGGAUGAUCUCACAGUACAACUUAAAUCAAGAGGAGGGUGUGAGGAAUUUGUCAAGCAUAAUAAUGAAACGACUUCAUAUGAAAGGGUUUAUUGUAAGUGAUCAUUUUAAUUUGCUUCCAAAGUACAUGGAAAUGGUUAUACCAUUGAUAAAAGAAGGGAAGAUAUGUUACAUUGAAGAUAUUGUAGAGGGGCUUGAGAGUGCACCUGCGGCUUUGGUCGGGCUUUUUUCGGGAAAAAAUGUUGGCAAGCAAGUGGUGCUUGUGGCUCGUGAAUGAGUCCAUAUGGUUGGAUAAGUAUAGUUACACGUAUAUGAUUAUCAUUCUCAAACAUGUUAUGAAUAUUACAAACAUAAAUUUUACACAAACCUGAUCAUUGGAACAUAUUCGCAAUGUUGAACCUAGUUUACACUUUACGAGGACUUAAUUAGACAUUUCCAGCAACAUAAAUAAUCCAUUAUAUUAACUUAUUCUAAUAUCCUAAACUAGAUUUUAAGUAUGUUACACAUAAUUUUCCAUUCUUUAACAAAUGUAAAACCUAUUUAAACAUAAAUUUCACUAGAACUUGAUC